UGCUGGCUCGUGGCCGCGCGCGAGGCCAACGGCGCCAAGCCCGCGAGCUCCUUCGCCGUGACGCCCGGCGCGACGGGCGCGCGCACCGACGACGUCGCGAAGCCCGCGGCGGCCGUGGCCCUCGACCCGAAGACGGGCCUCCCGGCGCCGCUCGCGAAGAAGCGCGCCGCGAAGCCCGCGGCCGCGGCGCCGGCGCGGCCCGCGCCGCCGCCCUUCCCCGCCGCGGCCUGCCGCGACGUCCUCGAGCAGCUGCUGGCCGCGCGCGCCGCGGAGAUGGACCGCCGCGCGGCGCCCGCGGGCCGCAGCGUCGCCGUCGUCCCGGGCACCGCGGGCGCGGUGCGCUGGGCGAACGCGAACGACAAGGUCCACGUCUCCGCGCAGCUCGCCGAGGGCACGAAGCGGGGCCACGUCCGCGUCGACAUCUCGGCGACCCGCCUGGCCGUGAAGGUCGGCGCGCUCGUCGGCGGCGACUUCAAGCUCGCGACGCUCCUCGACGGGGCCCUGUUCCAGGACGUCGACCCGGCGGCGUCGUCCUGGACGCUCGUCGACACGGACCUCGGGUCCGCGGAGCUCCAGGUCACCCUCGCCAAGAAGCCGUACAGCCGCACAGCGGCCGCGCUGGACGCGCUGUCCAUCAAGGAAGACCCGGGCAGCACGCGCGCCGACCCGUCGAUCGAGGCGUGCAAGGUGCGCAGCCACAUGUCCACGGGCGACCCCUACGUCGCCGACGACGUCGCCGGCAGCUACCUGCAGAUGACCUGCGCGCGUAGCAACUUCCGCGCCGUCGGCUGGCGCGCGCACGACUUCCGGAAGCCCAUC